UAUAAUUCUUUUUCGCGCAUUAAUCAUUAUUUUGAAGAUGUGUCCAAAUGUUAUCAUCGCCGUUCUUAUUUUUAUUUCUAUAGUACAGCUUGUCGUAGUAGAUGCUCGACAAUUUAGAGUGACAGAUCAAGUUUAUUUAGAUAUAGAAAGAGAAGAUAAAACAAUUGGAAGGAUAGUUAUAGGAUUAUUUGGUGACUUAGCGCCUCGUGCAGUGAAAAAUUUUAAAAUGCUAGCUACUAAGGGUAUCAAAGGAAAAUCUUAUAAAGGAACACGAUUUAACCGAAUUGUUAAAAGAUUUAUGAUACAAGGUGGAGAUGUGGUAAAUGACGAUGGUUCUGGUUCCAUAAGCAUUUACGGCGAGACAUUCGAUGACGAAAAUUUAGAUACGCAGCAUACAGUUGCUGGUUUUGUGUCUAUGGCUAAUAGAGGUAAGAAUACUAACGGAUGUCAAUUUAUAAUAACUGCAACUGGUACACCGUGGCUUGAUGGAUUACAUACUGUAAUAGGAAAGGUGGUUGAAGGUCAAAACUUGGUGCACGUGGUGGAGCACACGACGACGGACGGUGAUGACCGACCCACGCAACACGUUUACAUCGCCGACUGCGGCGUCUUGCCCACGUCGCAACCCUAUUAUAUAUCUGAUGAUCCUUAUGAUUUGUGGGCUUGGAUCAAAGCUUCGGCGGUACCAUUGAGCAUGUCGUUUUCAAUUCUGGGAUUUUUCCAUUGGAUGAUAAAGAAAAUGGAAAUCUAAUUUAAAA